AUACACCGCGCAAUCAGCCACUUGGUCUAUCAUGGCUCUGGUCACCACGGUGAUGGUCGGAAGUGCCUUUUUAGUUUCGUUAUCGCUGACGGUUCUGUAUAAAUACGUCUUGUUAAAGAAGGUCGAGGAGGAGCACGAGAUGGAAAUGCGUACCAGGACGCCUACGUCGACCGACAAUCAUUCUUGAACACGGGGGAAUAAUCCCUUGUCAGAAAGUGUCGAUCACUUGGGUGCUGGCAGGGUUUGCGUGGAACUAUAA